AGACGAGGUGUGCAAAUACUUUUGUGCAGCAAGGUGAGCUGAUUUUAAUUUAUUGUAAUCCGCUGGAGUAAUUCUCUGUGAUUUUUGUUUAGGGUUGUGAUUCAAAAUGGUGUGAUGAGAUAUGAGUGAGAAUCUGCCUGCUGGCCAGAGGCACGCUUACCCAUCGACGUGACCCAGAAAUGUCCGCGAAAGUAAAAUAAGCAUUCAUUUCCACUAAGAUGGCUACAGUAAUUGAUAAAUUAAAAGUGAAAGGAGCUCCAGCACCACGAAAUACGCCCGCAUCAUCACCAUUAAUGGCGACCUCACGUGCGAAUCGUCCUGUUAUAACAAGCACAAUUCUUACGCUAGAUAAGUCGUAUGAAAUCAUCCUAAAACAAACAUCCCGUCACUCUCUGGAGUUGGCGGCCGCGGGGAUGUCUGCUGCCUCCAGAAGGAUGGAGUAUCUCAGCCGCCUUCAGCAGGCAAACUUCGGUAUUUCAACCAUGGACUCGCCAUUUAUAGUGUGCGAAGACAGCGUCAUUGAAGAAAAACCGUAUUUCGUUCUAUGUGGACAACCUGUUAACGGCGUGUCAGCGAAAUCUCUGGAAAAGUAUCUCUCGGAGAAUCGAACGGGAAAUUUCAAAACUUCUGCUCAUGAAAUGUAUCGAGUUCGACAUGGGGUUAAAACGGCAAAAGUGCGAACAGAGCCUCACUUUUUAAUAUCGCGUUCGAAAAGGGCGAAAUCGGAUCUUGUGGACUAUUCUAGUCAUCGAUCAGACGACAUCACUGUCCCAUCUUCAGCAGUUUCAAGAAAAUCUCUGUUAGAGUCCAAAUCAAAUGGUAUUCCCAUUGAACUAACUACAAAAUCUUUUAAAGGUAUUAGUGAAUCCGGAAAAGUGCCAAGUCAUUCGAAAUCCGCUGAUUAUAUGGCUUUCAAACCGAUGAAAUCUAGCAGCAGAUUGAUGACCAGACAUGAGAUGACUGAAAAAAUCAUGAAAGAUCACGAAUCUGGAAAAGCUCUGUUAACAUGUAUUCAUGUCAACCAUCAUAUUCCAGGGAAUAUCAGGAACAACGAUGUCGAUGAAAAUAGUUUUCAAUCCCAGAGUAAAGCAUUCUCUCAAAACGGACUUCGCUCGUUCAAUAAUCCGUAUAGAAGUUUAAAACACAGGGAAAACGUUAUCAUGAGGGAUAGAAAAACUGAUAUGAAAUCAGUUAGGAAGAUUGCCAAAGUACCUACAGAGCUACAUAUGACUCAAAGUGGAAAACACAUUGACCUUCCGAAAAAUAUCCUUAAAGUUCCAAACCCAUGCUCUGACACCUUUCUGUUACAGAUGUUAUUCUCUGCGAAUAGUCCUAAAGUAUACCAACAACCAAAGCCAAGGUCUUCAACAGGAAAAUACUCUGAUAUCGCUCUCCAGCGAGACUUGGAUGACUAUGUUCAAGUAAGAACUCCAUCAUCACCGUCCAAGUCACCUGCAGGACCAGCCAAAUCUCCUGAUCAGAAGACAUCCAAAAAUGAGAAAAGUCACCAGGAGGAAUAUAAGGAUAUGGCAAAGAAUGAUACAAGGGAAGAGGACGAAAAUGCCCAGUGACGUCAUUUUAUAUCUUAUAGUUGGUUUGUACUUAACCCUCGACUGUAAAAGUAUCAAGGGCGGGGGGAUGGGACAUCGCGUCUCUCCUUCUACAAUACCACAAAGAGUCAGAUAAAAUCUCAGUGCCUGUUUCUUUUUUAAGAAAACACUACUUGAUAGGACUUCUAAAGUCAUAUAUAUAUAUAUAUAUAUAUAUAUAUAUAUAUAUAUAUAUAUAUAUAUAUAUAUACAUAAUUUCAUUUUUAUGUAAAUCGCUCAUUAUGACUUAUUGUGUGUAAGUCGUUUUGUUUCAGGUCGGGGCCAUUGACUUUUCAUGAUUACAGAUACAACUGUCUUAGUUUGUGAAUUGUUUUUUAAUCAGUGAGUAUACAUUAGCAACUGUAUCUAUUAUCCUAUAAAAUACGGCAAAUGGUUUUCUGUUUUGAUAAUGAUCGUGCAAAAGUUUCUAUAAUUGUAAAAUUGAAUACUCCGGCGAAUAGGCGAUUGUGUUGCAUCCAGGUUGACGAAUUUUGUAAACUACACGUGUAACGGAACACAGAAUUCCAUACUCUAUAUCGAAAUACAGUUGUAUUCACAUGAUGUAUGCACACACACACACACACACACACACACACACACAUAUAUAUAUAUAUAUAUAUAUAUGUAUAUAUAUUCUGACCGACCUGAUUUCUUUAAUAAAGCCUGUACCACAAA